GACCCGACCGCCCACGCCGAGGUUGUCGCCAUCCGAGCCGCCGCGGCGGCCGCCGGAGAUUGGCACCUGACCGACACGACUCUCGUUGUGACGCUCGAGCCGUGCGUUCUGUGUGCUGGGGCAAUCCUGGCGGCGCGCAUCCCGCGCGUGGUCUUUGGCGCCUGGGACGACAAGGCCGGCGCUGUCGGCAGCGUCUAUGACCUGUUAAGGGAUCGACGCCUUAAUCACACGGUCGAGGUCACGGCCGGCGUCGAAGCCGACGCGUGUGGGUCGCUACUGGUCGACUUCUUCGAGUCGCGUCGCUGA